AAUCCCAUAAAAAGCAACCGAAUUUUCUCCUUCCUAUCGCUGCAAUCUCUUCGCAACCCCUCUUCUUUCUUCUCCUCCUGGUAAGCGUCUUUUGCUUUAGACUCUAUUCAUGUCCGGACCUCGAUUUCUGUGCCCCAGUUUCAAGGGCUUGGUUCCAAACAGCCACCCGAACAGUUGUGGGAAAGGAAUGGGUGAUUACAACUCUGAGGAACAUCAGUUAUUGAAGGAGUUCCAUAUACCAGAUUACAUACUGGUAUCAGGAUCCAAUGCGAAAACUCUUUCUUAUACACCCAAGUGUCCUGUGAUAGUGUUCAUCAAUUCCAAAAGUGGCGGGCAGUUGGGUGGGGAUUUGCUGAAGACGUAUUGUAGUCUUCUCAACAAAGCUCAGGUUUUCGAUUUAAGGGAAGAGGCUCCUGAUAAGGUUCUACACAGGCUCUAUGGCAAUUUACAAAGGCUCAAGUCAAGCGGUGAUGAUUUUGCUUCCGAAACUGAAAAGAAAUUGAGAUUAAUAGUUGCAGGUGGAGAUGGUACAGCAAGUUGGCUACUCGGAGUGGUUUCUGAUCUCAAACUAGCUCAUCCACCUCCUGUUGCUACAGUGCCGCUGGGAACUGGAAACAAUCUUCCAUAUUCAUUUGGUUGGGGGAAGAAAAAUCCUGGGACAGAUAGACAGUCAGUGAUGUUGUUUCUGGAUCAAGUAAUGAAGGCAAAAGAAAUGAAAAUAGAUAGCUGGCAUAUUCUCAUGAGGAUGAAAGCUCCCAAAGGAGGUCCUUGCGAUCCCAUUGCACCUCCAGACUUACCACAUUCUUUGCAUGCAUUUCAUCGUGUGUCCAAUAGUGACUCACUGAACAAGGAAGGUUGCCACACAUUUCGCGGGGGAUUCUGGAACUACUUUAGCUUGGGAAUGGACGCUCAAGUAUCUUAUGCAUUUCACUCGGAGCGGAAGUCACAUCCUGAAAAAUUCAAAAAUCAGAUAGUUAAUCAGACAACAUAUGCCAAGCUGGUAUGUACGCAAGGGUGGUUUUGUGCUUCUCUUGUUCAUCCUUCAUCAAGGAACAUUGCGCAGCUUGCAAAGGUCAUGAUCAUGCACAAACAUGGUCCAUGGGAAGACCUCAACAUACCUCGAGGCAUCAGAUCAAUUAUUUGUCUCAACCUACCUAGCUUUUCUGGUGGAUUGAACCCCUGGGGAACACCAAAUAAGAAGAAAUCACAAGAUAGAAACUUGACAGCGCCAUUUGUAGACGAUGGUCUUCUUGAGGUGGUGGGCUUUAGAGAUGCCUGGCAUGGGCUUGUUUUACUUGCUCCCAAAGGUCAUGGAACCCGUCUUGCACAGGCACAUGGAAUACGCUUCGUGUUUCACAAGGGUGCGGCUGACCAUACACAUAUGAGAAUGGAUGGAGAGCCAUGGAAGCAACCUCUCCCUGCUGAUGAUGACAGCGUCGUGGUCGAGAUCUCUCACUGUGGUCAGGUCAGAAUGCUCGCCACAGAAGACUGCAGGUCUAGAAGUUGCAAUGAUUCUGUGUCACAUUCAUCAGCCAGUCACCAACAUGAUGAGGAAGAUUAUGACAGUGACGAGGACUACAGAGAAGAUUUGGAAGAAAAGAGGAAGUUUGGUGCGGCAGAGACAUUCAGAAUUCCAGACGGUGUUGAUAUUUCUCAUCUCAUUUGAGUUUCACAAUACUCUCCUGGUUGUUUGUUGUACAGUGUUUCUGUCGUGGUAGUUUAGAAGUGUUUUUUCUAAAUUUUUUUUAUUGUUUCCUGUUCCUGUUGUUUUGGUCUUAUUUUUCUUUACAUUUAUCUUCUGUCGGGUGGGAGGUGGUGAUGGUGACCGUGGACUAUCACCCUUGUAUUUUUCUCAUAUACAUUGUGUUUUGGAAAAUCCAACAGUGAAGUUCUUGAAGAUCUAAAUUGAGGAUUGAUUAUCUUUAUA